CCUGGAGCAAGAGGAGGAAAUACAAAGAGCUCAGGAAAGUCGCUCCUGACUCUUAGACAAUGAAGAAGAUCGCCUGAGCGGCUAUUAAAUUCUGUGAUAAUGAUCCGGAUCCUAAGCGGUGUGUCCUUUAAGGCUGCUGGUGGACUGCUGAAGGAUAUUAAGACCAGACAGCUACACAGCGCAUAUGACGUAGCCGUGGUAGGAGCUGGCAUUGUGGGCUUGGCCACAGCCAGAGAACUGAUUUUGCGACACCCGUCACUCAGCUUCAUCCUCCUGGAGAAAGAAAAGGAGCUUGCUGUACACCAGAGUGGGCAUAACAGUGGAGUCAUUCACAGCGGGAUCUACUACACGCCGGGAUCCCUGAAAGCUCGUCUGUGUGUGCGAGGAGCCACUUUAGCCUACGAGUACUGUGAGAAGAAAGGACUUCCUUACAAGAGAUGUGGAAAGCUCAUCGUCGCUGUGGAGCAGGAGGAGAUUCCCAGACUGAAGGCUUUAUAUGAGCGCGGCACGAAGAACAACGUGCGUGACCUCAGUAUUGUGGAUGCCAAGGGAAUCCGAGAGAGAGAGCCGUACUGCAGGGGGAUAAUGGCCUUGGAUUCACCCUACACUGGCAUUGUCGACUGGAGGAUGGUGGCUCUCAGUUAUGGUGCAGACUUUGAGGAAGCAAGCGGCACCGUGGUAACUGAAUAUGAAGUCAAUGACAUUUCCAUGGUCAAGGAGAGCCCAGUGGGAAGUACAGAAGGAAUGAAAUAUCCACUUGCAGUCAGAGACAGGCAGGGUAACGAGGUGCGGUGCCGUUACGUCCUGACCUGUGGGGGGCUGUACUCAGACCGUCUGUCACAGAUAUCUGGAUGCAGUCGAGAGCCACGAAUCGUUCCGUUCAGAGGAGAUUAUUUAGUCCUGAAACCCGAGAAAAAUUAUCUGGUCAAAGGAAAUAUCUACCCUGUUCCUGACCCUCGUUUCCCAUUCCUUGGAGUUCAUUUCACCCCGAGGAUGGAUGGAAGUAUUUGGCUCGGCCCCAACGCUGUCCUUGCCUUCAAAAGGGAGGGUUACAAAAUGUACGACUUCAAUGCCCAAGACUUCGCUGACGCACUCUCUUUCAGAGGCCUUCAGAAGCUAAUAUUGAGGAACAUUACGUAUGGAGUUGGAGAAAUGUAUAGAGGGGUUUUCAUUGGUGCACAGGUUAAAGUUCUGCAGAAGUACAUCCCUGAACUCUCCCUGAGUGAUGUGAUCAGGGGGCCUACAGGAGUUCGAGCGCAGGCCCUCGACCGUGACGGAAACCUCGUGGAUGACUUUGUGUUUGACGGUGGGGUCGGGGACGUGGGCAGUCGGGUGCUCCAUGUGCGUAAUGCUCCUUCGCCGGCGGCCACCUCCUCUCUCGCCAUCGCUGAAAUGAUUGCAGAUGAGGUGGAGAGCCGCUUUGCGCUGUAGCGGAGGGAGAAGAGAGAACCAAAGAAAGUCCAGCUGUCAUCACUUUUUUUUAUUACAGGCCAGGCCUUAAUUUAACAAAAGAAAGUGACAUAUCUGCCACGAUUUUGUUGUUGAGACGUUUUUUCUCUGUUUGCAACUUUUGUGGUGCUACUUCAGGUUGUAUGUUUACUCCACCGUGUAUCAGAGUACAUUUUUUUUUAAUGCACUGCAUUUCUGUCUAAAAAUAAAGUAAGUCAUGACCUGCUUUUUAAAAAUUUAACAUUGAUGACACUAUCUUCAGUUUCUAACAUUAUACCAACAGUCUGUGAAUGUGUACUUUUGAUUUAAACAAGGGAUCUUUAAUGGUUACAUUUCAGUACAUUUUCUUCUUUUACUUCUGGAUGUGUUCAACCUUUGGCUGUAUAAAAGAGGAGUUUGAUGACUGUAUGGUCUGCUGGAAAUGAAUGAAGAGUUUCAGUGUCACUAUGCUGUAAAUCCAGACUAAAUUUUUCCAGGAGUCAGUAUGUCGUAACACAUAGUUUACCAAGAAAGACCAGUUCUUCUUACAGCUGUGGCAAAAUGAUUGUUAAAUUAUAGCAUGACUAAAUAGUGUCUGUGUCUUAUUUAUAUUACAUUAAGGCAAAUUUGUGUGUGUGUGUGUGUGUGUGUGUCUGCGUUUUUUUAUGGAGCUGCUGGUGAUUUCUCUUGAAGCUUUGUUUUUUUGUUUCGACGUCUUCGCAUGUUGCUGAAACUGUUCUCAUAAUGAUCCAGUAAAAUUUGUCUCUCUGUCAUUUCAUCCCAUUAUGACAAGUGAAUGUUAAAGUACUUUUCCAUAAAUA